AUGGUCAAGCGCAAGGAACUCAAAGACAACGAUGUCGAGAUGUCGGGGACCGAUCCCCGCGUCGACGGCGACGACUCCGACGAGGAAAUGGACAUGGUCAACGUCGACUUCGAAUGGUUCGACCCCCAACCCAACGUCGACUUCCACGGCCUCAAGAACCUCCUCCGCCAACUCUUCGACACGGACGCCCAAAUCUUCGACAUGUCCGCCCUAGCCGAUCUGAUCCUCUCGCAGCCUCUUCUCGGCUCGACUGUGAAAGUCGACGGAAUGGAAUCAGACCCUUAUGCAUUCCUAACCGUCCUUAACCUCCAAGAACACAAGGACAAACCCGUAAUCAAAGACCUAAUGACCUACCUGCACCGCAAAGCCAGCACCAACUCCUCCCUCAGUCCACUCGCAACCCUCCUCUCCCAAACCCCCAUCCCACCCAUCGGUCUAAUCCUCACCGAACGCCUAAUCAACAUGCCCGCUGAAGUCGUCCCCCCGAUGUACACGAUGCUUCAAGAGGAAAUCGCCUGGGCGAUUAAGGAUAACGAGCCGUACAAUUUCACUCAUUAUUUGAUUGUUUCGAAGACGUAUGAGGAGGUGGAGUCGAAGUUGGAUGCUGAGGAGUCUCGGCCGCAGAAGAAGAAGAAGAAGGCUGCUGCUGCUGCCGGGGCGGAGAGGUUCUUUUUUCAUCCCGAGGAUGAAGUGUUGGAGAAACAUGCUGUUUGUGUGGGGAGUGUGGAGUAUACGCAUAAGGCGGAUGAGGGGUUGUCGGAUUCGAAGCGCGCGUUUCAGGAACUGGGGAUUAGGACGAAGGGGAGUUUGAUUUUGAUGGAGGCCGGGAGGUUGGAGGGGGCGGUUAGGGAUAUGGCGGAGUAUAUUCGGGGGUCGGCAUGA